AUGGAGUCCAUCCGCGACUCCAUUGUUACCAUCGAGAUGAGACUCGGAACAUGGACAUUGCUUCUUGACUCUUCAAUUUCGCCAAAGACAUAUUUAAAUUCCAUCCUAUUGUACGCUCUGAACGAUACAUCGAACGAUCCUUUCACCCACAACGGCUUCAGCCACCUGAACAUGGACGGCCUCAAUGAAUACCGCAUAGUUCGCGUUGCAGAACUAUUAGAGGACUUUCGCACACUCCAGUACUAUAUCGCCGCCGCGCCCAUCGAGCCAUCCAACGCAGAUGACUAUUACACGGAGGGCUGGGCUGCUCUCCGGCAAUGUGCCAUUGACGGCCAGCACGUCCUCGAGUGCGCGGCUGAUACCAGAGUACCCACCACAAGUGGCGGCGAGGAGGAGCAGUGCAAGGCCGAGCUAAAGCAGGUUCAUCUUGAUGCGCUUGCGAGGCGCCACGAGGCUCAGAAGAUCUUUCUUCGACAACAAGCCGCGCAACGAUGGAUAGAAUGGCGAGACCAGGUUCUUCAAGGGGGGCGGCCUAGUUCCAAGAACCGUGCCGCGUUACAUGCCUGCGAUUUGCAACUCCGCACCGAACUCGCCGCCAUCACGGAUGAAGACGUAUACAACGACCUGUUGACCUCCGACAUGACUUUCGGACGCUGGACAGGCGAGGAUCCAAGUCCCAGGGCCGUUGUGCGCUGGCUUCGCGCUCGGCGAUGA